AUGAUUGUUACAAGAACCCAAGUGUAUAAUAUAUCCCAGAAUUUUAAACUAAAAGAAAUCUUAGGAGAAGGUGCUUAUGGGAUUGUUUGCUUGGCUCAACAUACUAGUGGUACUAUGGUAGCCAUUAAGAAGAUUGUUCCUUUUGAAAAUAACUUAUAUUGUUUAAGAACCUUAAGAGAAAUCAAAUUAUUAGCUCAACUAAGUGGACAUGAAAAUAUCAUAAAUCUUUUUGAUGUUCAAAAACCAUAUGACUUCAAGAAUUUUAAUGAAGUCUAUCUUAUCCAAGGAUAUAUGCCAACUGAUCUUAACAAAGUAAUCCAAUCUCAUACAUUCACAGAAGCCCAUGUUCAAUAUUUCACUUAUCAAUUACUUAGAGGACUUAAAUACAUUCAUAGUGCUAAUGUAAUCCAUAGAGAUUUAAAACCAUCAAAUAUAUUAAUCAAUGAAAGAUGUGAUUUGAAAAUUUGUGAUUUUGGUUUAGCCCGUCUAGAUACUAGUAAAUCUGAUUCAAUUCCGAAUGUCCCACAAACAGCUUUAACUGAAUAUGUUGUUACCAGAUGGUAUAGGGCUCCCGAAAUCAUGCUUAGUUCCUGUCAAUAUUCGGUUGCUGUUGAUUUAUGGUCAGUAGGUUGUAUUUUAGGAGAAAUGUUCACUUAUAGACCUUUAUUCCCCGGUGCUGAUUAUAAAAGUCAAUUAUUAUUCAUUUUUGAAGUUUUAGGUACUCCAUUAGGAGAAGAUUUAGAUUGUAUAAAAUCAACAAGAGCUAAAAACUACAUUGCAACUUUACCAUUUAAACAAAAGUUAGAUUUUGCUGAUUUAUUUAAUAAUCAUCCAUCAAGAAGAAAGAAGCAUUUUGGUAAAAAUAUUAGUCCAGCUGGAAUAGACUUACUUGAAAGAUUAUUAGUAUUUGAUCCUAGUAAAAGAAUUACCGCUGAAACUGCUUUAACUCAUCCAUUUUUAAAGAAUUAUAGUGAUCCAACUGAUGAACCAGUUACAACACCAAUCGAGUUUGAACAAUUUGCUUUCGAUAUUGAAAAAGAAAAACUCAGUAUGUUAGAGUUAAAGAGAGAAAUGUUUAACACUAUUAAUAAUUUAAGAAGAAAGAAGUGA